AUGUCAACGGCCAGCUUCCGCUUCCGCCGCCGCCUCCCCCGCCCGCCGCGACCGGCGCUGGAGGACGACGACCUGCUCUCCGAGAUCCUCCUCCGCCUGCCCCCGCAGCCGUCCUCCCUCCCGCGCGCCUCCCUCGUGUGCAGGCGCUGGCACAGCCUCGUCUCCGACCCCGCCUUCCGCCGCCGCUUCCGCGUCCACCACCGCCGCGGCCCUCCCCUCCUCGGCUUCUCCGACGACCACCACAGGAACACCUUCCAGCCGGCGCUGGGCGCCCCCCACCGCCUCCCCGGCGGCCUCUUCUCCCUGGAGCUCCACGGCAGCUACACGACCCUCGGAUGGCGCCACCGCCUCGCGCUCUUCUUCGUCCCGGUCUCGCUCCAGGUCCUCGUCUGGGACCCCGUCGCCGGCGACCAGCAUCGCCUGCCCGUGCCCCCGGAGUUCCGCCUGGACCUGGUGGUGGACAGCGGGGCGGUGCUUCGCGCCGCCGCUGCCGGAGACGCCGGCGACCACUUCCAGGUGGUCCUGGUAGGCAGCGACCCCAAGCAGCCUACAAGAGUGCUCGCCUCCGUCUACUCGUCGGAGACCGGCGCGUGGGGCGAUUUCAUCUCGGCGCCUAUUUCAUCCGAGACUUUCUUUUUUACAGGCAAGCCUGCUGUGCUGGCCGGGGAUUGCCUUCACUGGUCGGUUGCCGCCCCAGGUUCAGGUUCAAGAAGCAUCCUCAAGUUUGAUUUGGAUAGGCAGAGCCUAGCCAUGGAAUUGCUGCCAGGGGACAUGUAUACCCGGGGCAGUCCCGCGUUCACGGUCACCCGAGGAGAGGGUGGUCGGAUGGGUUUCUUUUUCUUGUCAGGCUUUACUGCCCAACUAUGGAGUACGGUGACCGAUUGCGAUCGUGCCGAAAUAUGGGAGCCAGGAAGAAUUAUCGAACUGGACAAGUUGCUUCGACUACAUUCAAAGAAAGAUCCCCCGCAUAUGGUAGGAUAUGCUGAGGAAAACAAUGUGGUGUUCCUCUGGACAGUUGUUGGUGUCUUCAUGGUCCAUCUCGAGUCAUUGCAGUUCAAGAGGAUCUCCAAGGCCACCAUCUGA